AUCAAUCAAUAGUCAUUCAGUGCUUUCCGAUGUACAUUUUUGUUUAUUGGAAUCAAUAACUUUAUUGUUGCUGGAACUUCUAAUUGGAACUAAAAGCAAAACUAGUUCUAUUCCAACAUAAUGGCUGAGUCAAAGGAGAAUAUUUUUCUGUUUGUUCCAAACAUUAUUGGUUUCGCCAGAAUCAUCCUUGCUAUUAUAGCUUUUUAUGUGAUGCGGACGAAUUGUUUAUUGGCGUGUGGAUGUUAUAUUACGUCGGCCUUGCUCGAUGCAUUUGAUGGACAUGCCGCUCGAUUGCUAAAUCAAAGCACCAAGUUUGGAGCAAUGUUGGACCAGCUUACAGACCGUGCAGGUACUGCUGGCCUUGUGAUGACUCUUGCAACAUUCUAUCCAGAGUACACUUUUUGGUUUCAAAUGUCAUUGGUUAUUGAUAUAACCUGCCACUGGCUUUACUUACACACAACUACAUUACAAGGCAAGACGUCUCACAAGUUUAUUGAUAUGUCAGAGAAUCCAAUAAUGCAUUUGUACUACACUAAUAAAAAUGUCCUAUUCACCAUGUGUGCUGGUAAUGAAGCAUUCUACACUGGUCUUUAUAUGAUGCACUUUGAUAAAGGUCCAAAUGUUAUGGGAAUUGGAUUAUAUGAACUGAUUGUUUGGAUAUCAAUGCCAAUUGCAGUGGUGAAGACUUGCAUUUCUGUGCUGCAUGGUAUUGUAGCAUCUAUGAAUCUGGCUAUUAUAGAUUGCAAAGAACGAGCGGCCUUAGCACAGAAACAAAACAAUUAAGAACUACAGAUAACAAAUUCCUAUUUUAUUUAGUGUAUUUUUGUAUUGUCUGGAUUAGCUUGAAUACCUUGUAGUUAUUACCAAAAAUGCCAAAAUAUAUUCAACUUUCAUUCCAAAUCAGCUAAUUUCCCAAAAUCUUAAGAGGCAUUGUGGUAUUUUUAUGUUAAUUUAUUUUUUGUUCUGCGUAUACUUUAUUCUAGUUGUGCAUUUAAAGGCAAUGAAUGAGCAAGAUUUUGAUUUCAGCAAUAUUUUUAUUAUACAUAGGUUUAUAUUAGGCAAGGUUUCAUAUUUUUUUUCUAUAA